AUGAGGCAGCAGCUGAAAAAGCGAGGUCUAGCUCUGGACGUGAAGUGGGUGACACUGGUGUGCGGGGACCGGCCCGGGCCCAGAGCGGCGCGUUGGGCUGGUGAUCUCCGCAGCGCUUCGGGGGAUGUGGUGGACGGGCCGGGUGUUAGAAGCGCCAGAAAGAAAGCUGAAAUAACCGAGAACAAGAAAGGUGUCUGCAGUGUUCCUGGCUGCUUUGAUGCUCACUGUGGAUUUCUCUUCCUAGAUAACCUGCUGGGGAUCUCCUGGGUGGACAGCUCCUGGAUUCCCAUCCUGAACAAUGGGAGCGUGCUGGACUACUUCUCGGAGCGCAGCAACCCCUUCUACGACCGGACCUGUAACAACGAGGUGGUCAGGAUGCAGAGGAUGACCCUGGACCACCUGAACCAGAUGGUUGGAGUGGAGUACAUCCUUCUUCAUGCUCAAGAGCCCAUUCUCUUCAUCAUCCGAAAGCAGCAAAGGCAAUCUCCAACACAAGUUAUUCCAUUGGCCGACUACUAUAUUAUUGCUGGAGUGAUUUAUCAGGCACCUGACUUAGGCUCUGUCAUUAACUCCAGAGUUCUGACUGCAGUGCAUGGAAUUCAGUCUGCUUUUGAAGAAGCUAUGUCCUACUGUCGGUACCACCCGUCCAAGGGCUACUGGUGGCAUUUCAAAGAUCAAGAAGAACGAGAGAAAGUGAAACCAAAAGCCAAGAAGAAAGAAGAACCAAGUUCUAUUUUCCAAAGGCAACGGGUAGACGCUUUGCUUUUAGACCUCAGACAAAAGUUUCCUCCCAGAUUUGUUCAGCAAAAGCCUGGAGAAAAGCCUGUCCCAGUGGAUCAAAUCAAGAAGGAACCAGAACCAGCCCCUGAAGCUGUCAAGCCAGAGGAAAAAGAGACUGUGAAGAAUGCUCAGCAGAGUGCUGGUGCUAAAGGACCACCUGAAAAACGGAUGAGACUCCAGUGAAGGGAGAAGUUGUUACAUAUCUGGACUAGUCAAUACCUGAAAAAUGGGAGAUCCUUGCUCCCCUUUCUUUUAUAUUUAAACUCUUCCACUGAGACUGAUGAUUUGGGGACUGAAGUCCCUGUAACGCUUUUUUCUGCAGAAACCUGUCACACAGAUGUUAGUGUCAUGGUGUGCACUGCAUCACAGAAGGUGUUUGCAGCCUUCAUCUUACUUGGAAUAUUGGCUUCUGAGAACGUUUUUUUUGAAUGGAUGUAUUUUUCAGCCUCUUGAAAUCUUCACAAACUCUUGCAUCCCUUAUGUCUUGGUUUCCUUUGUAAAAAUAAAAAGCUUUAUACAAAAAAAAUUGAAAUUGAAUUCUUGGCAGAUAAAGUUCCUGGCUGCUGGAA